GCUGAAAAAAUGUGUACACGAGCGCAACAACUCUCGCUGUCCGGGAGGAGCGCACAAGUCUUGUUUUGAGCCGCGCUUCCUACUCGGCAAUCAGCAUUUAACUGUGAGUGCUCUUGAGAUCCACGGAUCUCUUCAGUGUCAAACUUUUCUCCAAUCAGAGAAGCGCUGUCGUGUCCCAGAAAGCCUGCCACUUGCCACUUGCAUCCGCACCAAGGUCUUUUGUGUUUAUGCUAAUAGCACGGCCGCCUGGCCUCACUGUUACAGUAUAUAGGGGCGAUGGCAGUCCAGGCAGCACCGCGUUUCUAAAGCUCGUUCCUCGGUGCUGAUAGGAUUCCGUCCGCCCGGUCCGACGUGCCAUGAGUUGCCUGGAUGUACUGUGCGGAGCUCGACAGGGUCUGCCUCCAUCUGUGCCAGCAGGAUUCAAGGAGCAGUACGGACAGCUGGGCCGGCAGAGAGGCACAAGGAUGCUGGAAGCAGAGGAUGCCAAAGAUAAACAGGAGACUGAAGCAGAGACAGAGGAGGCCGCCAAGGAGCCUGAGUAUCUGAACUCCCGCUGUGUACUCUUCACCUACUUCCAAGGAGACAUUGGCGAUGUGGUGGAUGAGCACUUCUCUCGGGCCCUGAGCCAGACCAGCGACUGCCGAGCUGAGCUAAAAUGUUCCAAAACAUGGAGAGAUAGCUCACCAGUGCCUAGCAGCCAGUGCACCACUUUCCCUGCGUCAUUCUGGAGUUCAUCAUACCAGCCACAGGUAGCCCCAUGCAUUGCUGGAGUUCAUGCAGAUUUCCCAGCUGCAAGCACAACCCCUGCUGCUACCUUCCAUAACUCUGAUCCCUCGGGGUGGGGGCACAGCCUUCAGCAACCAGCACUGGCCAAUCCGGCAGCUUUCACAGACUCCUGGCAUUACCAGCUCACCUCACAGGCUAGCCCUUCGUACCCACAUGUCCAUGAUGUGUAUUCUCACUUUCACCACCACCAUCAUCAGCACCCCCAUCACCUGCUGCACCACAGUCACGGCUCCCAUCUGGACCCACGUUACAGCUCCUUGUUAGUCCCUGCUAUGCGUUCUGCACAUUCCCGGAACUCCACAACUACAUGUGACAUGACCAAAGGAGAUGGCACCUCCACCAGCCAGCCAUGGGCUGGAACCUUCCAGGGAAUGGUCGACAUCAGUUUUGAUUCAGCAUUUACACAUCCAGAUGCGGGGAAGGGAGCCGGAUGGUUCUGACUAGAACCCUAAUGUGCUACAAAGUGAGCAGCACUCCCAAGAUGGAAUACAGCUUAGUGCUUUCUCCUUUCCAUUGUCAGCUUUUGAGUAUCAUGAGAAACAGGGACCACAAAACAAAUUGGAAAAAAAAAAGUCAAAGCUGAAGAAGAAAGAUAGAGACCAGCUGCAAAUUAUCCUUCUGAUACUUUGAGGAGAAGAUAAGAGCAUGCCAGCUAAGGACGAAAAUGUUUAUUUUUAAGCUAAAUGUAUUUUUGUAUAGAAUUUAGAAAUCCUAUGGCCCAUUGAGGUAUAUAUUUUUGGUGAAACACUGUUAUAUAAAAUUCAAGCCUAUUCGUGAAUGUCUUUUUCAUUUGUCCUGAAAAGUUUUGUGCCAUAAUGGCGCCUGGCUUUCCUUACUGGCACUGUCAGCAUGUUCACAUGCAUUUUGCAGCUGCUUGAUGUCAGUAUUCAUCUCAUGCCAAUUUUUUUCCUUUUCUGUAUAAACCUUCUAUCUCUCAGACAAAAAGGUAUAUAGACAUAUUAUAUUCUAUUCAUGUGAUUAUUUUUCUCAUAAAACAUUGCUCCUUCUCUAUCACAGUUAAUAUUUUGUAGUUUAUUCUGCUGUACAUAAAUGUCUAAAUGUGUCUGCAAUGCAGGAUUUUUCAUCUGCCAAAUGAUUCAUAGAGAAAUUAUAUUUUAUAUUCAAUUUCAGGAUUCUUUAAAUGCUGCUGUUUUCACUGACUGGGCCAACUAAUGCUGUUUGUAGAAAGGGGAAGCUGUAUCUGAAGAAAAAUUCACAAAUAUGCCAUUGUGGGCAGCAGUAGGGUAGUCUGCUGGAGCCAAAGGUUAAAUUCUCCUGCCCUGUACUGCGAAUUACUGUGUAAUGUGCUCUGUGGUCAUUAUAGAAGGUGUUAUAGUAAACAAA